UUGAGAAAAAUAAUAAGUUACACAAUAUAACAAUAAAUGCAACUUGCACGAGUGUUACUAAAACCAAAAGCUUCCCAUGUAUUGACAGCUUAUUUAAAACAAUGCAAUGAACCACCUUGGACUUCGUAUUUUGUCAAGUUAAAGGACGUUCAAAAUGAUCAAUGGGGUAGAUCUCACUUUAAUUGGACCCUCGAUACGGGUACAAAUUAUCACAUUUUACGUACGGCUUGCUAUCCGUAUUUGAAAUACCAUUGUAGUAAGAGAGCAGUACAAGAUUUAUAUUUGGAAGAUAAAUUCUUUCGUUUUCUGAAAAUUAUUAAUUUAGGCCUACCAAUGUUAUUUUAUGGUUUAGCAGCUAUACGCUUAAUCAGUCACCAGGAAACUGUUAUAAUGCCCGAUGGAGAAAAAGUCACCAUUUAUUUUCUAUAUGCUGAAGAUAAAGGCUCUCGUUUUUAGCUGAUUUUUAUAAUAAUUACCAAAAAUCUUAAUGU